AUGUCAUUCGAUUUGGAGAGCGCUGAGCUCUCCUCAUCAUCGUGCUCAAUUGACGAUAAACUACCAUCAACAAACAAUUUGAUUCGAGGCAAAGAAUCUCAGUAUGCAGUCGGUCGAAAACUCGCACAAGGCCGCUAUGGGGCUGUUUAUGAGGUUUUACGAAAAUCCGACGGAAAACCUUUUGCAUGCAAACUUGAAAUAUGUGGGGCCAAUUCUCAUGGUUUGGAUAUGGACUAUGUGGUUAUGAGUCAAGCAGCUAAACGAGGAUGCAAUCAUUUAGUAAAGUCGAUGGAUCGUGGAAAAAUCGAGGAUCACUUCAAGUUCCUUAUAAUGCCAUUGUUAGGCGAUAAUCUCACAAAAAUUCGGCAUCAAUUUGUUGAUGGUCGUUUGUCACUUUCUACCGGAUUGCGACUUGCUUUUCUAGCCCUGGCACCGAUACAAGAAUUGCAUAGUAUUGGCUAUGUUCAUCGAGAUAUCAAGUGCUCCAAUUUUUGCCUCGCUCCGAAUUCAUCUCGAGGCGAUACCAAACUCGUUCUCAUUGACUAUGGUGUGUGUCGCGCGUAUAAGGAUAAAAGCGGAAAUAUUAAAGCACCACGUGAGCAAGUUCGAUUCCGGGGUACAACUCGAUACGCAUCGAUAAAUGCUCAUAAUGGCGAGGAACAAGCUCCGAGGGAUGACCUGGCGUCAUGGUUUUAUAUGAUGAUAGAAAUGUUGUCCGGAUAUCUCCCCUGGUCACAUUUCCAUCGCGAUUCUGUCAACGAGGUACGCGCUAUGAAGGAACAUGUACAGACCAAUGAAGGAGCUAAUUUGUUGUUCGAAUUUUGUCCAAAGUAUCCAAGUCAACCAGACUACACCUUUAUUGCUGAAAUGUUACAACUGGCAAUGAAGAAUAACGGUGUGAAAAUGGAUGAACCCUAUGACUGGGAAGAAUGA